AUGGUGUCCAACAUCUUCAUGGCACACCUAGAGUUCAUCGGUCAGCAAAAGGGUCACAAGAGAAAGAGCAGCACAGUGACUCGGAAAUAUCAAGCUGCCACAGUCAGCAGCAAGUUUCAGCAGUCUCUCCUGGAGCUUGUGGAGAAGAUGGAGAGAUUCAAGUCUCUGGUGGGGGUGCAUCAGAUCCCUGCAGCCAGUGGAGAGAACUGUGUGGAAAUGUUGAGGAAACUCUGCCCUCUUCACCCUGGAAUUUUCCUGAAAGAAGACAUUUAUCAGUUGUUGGAGUGUAAGCGAGAGCGCUCCCGUCACCUGGCUGCCCUCACGCUGCAGCGCUACACUCGCAUGUUCUUUGUAAGAAAACGAUACAAAGAGUUUCGCAAAAAAAUGAUUCGACUGCAAGCACAGUGCCGAGGCUAUCUCGCCAGGUUUGUGUCCGACCACGCUCCGGCCGGGUACCAGGCCAUGUUGCAGCACAGGUUGAUUCAGGGCGGACACAAGACUCAGCUCAGUUGUGGAGAUGGGACAGAAACCGCUCGGACAUACCCGCUGGCCCUGCUGGAGUGGACCGCCAAUAGGAAGAAGGCCAACCUGGCUCUUCACCUACACUGCUUUGAUGGAGGAUCAUUUUUAUGUCCAGUACACUCGUGGACCAGUGGAGAGGAUUUGGCAGGAAACAUUUUGAGACACAGAGGCGUGAGUGAUUGGUGCAAGGGGAGCUCCAUCUUGAUGAAGGAGCAUGGUCAACGCGUUGAGUUAGCGGGCCAUGAUUACGUGAUGGACAUGAUCGCAGACUUGGAGCUUCCUUCUCACUUUCCGAAGCAAAAGAGUUACUUCAUAAUCAGCUCAGACGACCCAACAAAAGUCAGAGCAAAUGCAGGACUAGCUAUGGUCGGCAGUGGCUUUGACUCAGAUGAUGAGACGUCGCCGUUCUCAGCCCAAGGAGGGAGCAGACCAGCUUGCAGUCUCCCUGAUUCUGAUGGUUACUAUAGCCAUGUAGUGCAGUGA